AUGGCGUGUCAAAGCGGCAUCCGAGCUGAUGCAAAUCUGCUGAAAUUUUUCAAUCAAUGCAAACUGGGAAAGGUUCGACUAGCCAAAAUCGUCGUUAAAGAUGAGCAGUUAUGUGUGAAUUAUGAGGAUAAAGGCAGUUCGGAUUGGAAGAAGGAUUGGCGGAAGAAUCUGCCGGAUUGUGUGGAUUCAUUCGAGCCUUGUUUCAUCCUCUUCAGACUCGACAAACCCUCAAACUGGGUCCUUAUUAGUUUCGCAGAUGACCGUGCCCCGGUCCGCGAGAAAAUGCUUGUUGCGGCCACACGAGCCACUUUCAAAGCUGAAUUCGGACAGUCUUACAUCACGUAUGAAUAUCACGUUACGAAGAAGAAUGAGAUGACUCUUGAAUCCUUUGAGAAUUGGUUACGCUCUAAAGAAGAUCCGGGGCCGAUGUCCGAAGUAGAGAAGGAAUUGAAUAACGCACUCCGGACUCAAAAAAUGAAUCUGCCUCCGUUGAUCGCUGCAAACACCCUGAAAGGAGUAUUGUUCCCGGUCGAUCAGAAUGCCGAAGAAGAAUUACGUAAACUAGUCGCUGGAGAGGUGCAGUUCGUACAGUUAUCAGUUGAUACUCUGAAUGAAGCGAUUAAACUUGAGGAUAGCAAGCGACAUCUUACCGCUGAUCAAUUAACAGCUGCAAUUCCACGCGAUAAGCCACGAUAUAGCUUCUAUCGUUUUUCACAUGACCAUAACAAUCAGCACUAUGAUUCGAUAAUAUUUUUCUAUUCGAUGCCUUCAUCCGGAUCUACCAUCAAAGAACGAAUGCUGUAUUCAAGUUGUAAACAACCAUUCUUACAAACCGUUCUUCAGAACUGUAAACUACGGCCCGAUAGAAAGGUGGAGAUUGAUAGUAGAGAAGUGUUAUCGUACGACGUAUUACUGGAUCAUGUCCAUCCACCGUCACAAGUCCGCGAUAAAGGCUUCGCAAAACCACCUGGACCUACGAGUCGAGGGGGUAGACGUGUCACGAAGGCAGUCGUUUAG